GAGUUGAAGAGGACGAGACUUGCGAUGCGCAGUUUGUUUCAGCCAGCUAAGCUGAAGGAGAAAUCUUGUGUCUCUAAUCAGAGGAGUUUUCUGUGUGCACGACGUGGUUCGUCAAACUAUGUAAGUAUCAACGCUUCAUGAAUUAAGUAUUUCCUUCAUGACAAUAGUUACGGCUUCAGAUGAUAAUGACUGAUGAAAUUCUACUAUCAAAAAUCACAGGAUCCUCCCGCACGCUUUUGAAUGUUUUUAGCCACUGCUAGCGUAGACGAUAGUUCUUUAGACUAAAGAGAUUUCCCCAGUGAACGUCAUCCGUUAUGUAAGUACAAGUAGACAGAUCAAGAUACUGUAGAACGAGUAGCGGAGGUUCUAGCUUUUAUUCAUGGUAGUUAGCAGUUUCUGGUUUUUUUCAUUCUUAGCUAGAAUUCCUUGCGAGGCAUCGAAAAUUAAGCAACUUCCCGAGCCUCGUUGAGCAAAGGCAUGAGCACAGGCAUGGCUCAGGCUGCUCAGUCACGUUGAUCAAAAGAAAUUUCCCUUUGUAAGAGAAGGGCACGGGCGACAGCAACAGCAUGAAGGUCUGGUGGUCUAGUCUCGCAAAUUUUCGACUCUUCUAAACCGGUAAUAGAGUUUUCUCGAUCAAGAUCGAUGACAAGAUAUUUGGUUUGAAACUCUAGGCAAAGUAGCGAGAAUUUUUAGCUCUACACUCGUUGUCAAGGGUCAAACAUGCCUACUUGACUGCAUUUUAGUGAACACGUAUACUUUGCUGUAACAAGCAAGAACUCGCAGCUCAAAAAAAAAUCUGUCGCACUACAACAUCGCUUGAUCAGUCUUCAUCUGGGGAAAAGAAAACGUUAAAGGAAAAAAUCAAAAUAUUGAUGUCACACUACUGACGCGGGUGUAAGUAUUAAGUAGCUGUUGUCGAUUCAUUUUCAUUUUGGUCGCUUGCUCAUUUUCCAGCCGGACUCAGUGCAGACACACACACUGUGCUGGUCAGAUCAUCAUCAUCGCCAUCAACUGCACAAUUUUACUCCAUUUUGAGCAGCUUUUCAGACCUAGAGAGUUGUGAGGUCGCGUGAGUAAGCAGUCAGUGUUUAUAUGUGACCCAAUUGGUCCUAAGAGGAUAGUGCUAUUUGGUUCCACUUCUUUUUGUCCAGGUUUUGUUACAUUCGAUAAGUAAAAGACUUGACGUUCUGAACAACAACAAAAAGAAACCCUCUACAACUAACUUCAAGCGGCUACCUCCUCUACUAAAAAUCCUUACAUGAUCUCCUGUUGAACUCGAAAGCAUUCUCCUUCCUAUGCUGGUUGGCUUCAUAUAUCGCUCUUAUUGAGAGGCGCACGGGAGCAGAGCAGUAUUACGGCAAAGCGGAAAUCAUGCGUACUGCUCAUCAACCGUCCAAUUAUAUUUGUUGUGCAUCGUGGAUGAAGUGGAUUGUAAUUAGAUGCGAUUCAUUGCGAUGACUGCUCUGCUGAGUCAUUUUUUGAGAGGCUGAUUCAGGCUCCCACAAUUUAUCUCGUCCUCCUAUGGAUUGUCUCCGCAUUCCAUGAUUGAAGUAUCUGAAUCUCAUCUUAUUGUCUAAAAAUUGAUACUAGAAGAUGUAGAUUGUGAAUCCACCUCGAGAACAACCACUACCACUAUUCAACAGGUUUGUUUAAUCCCCGUGUGAAUUUGAAGCGCGCGGCGGCGCUAAAGCGUGAGACGAGUGAGGAACCGAACUCAGCUUCGACUGGCCGAACAACGUCAGGGGAUUCAUCUACCACUGUAGAUCGAGACUCCUCGACCACAUCUACCAUAGUCGAUCAGCAAGAUAGUUGUCAACAAGAUAGUUCUUGCAGGACCUCAGGAACUAAGAGGGCUCGGACAAAUGGAGGAAGCGCUGAGGCGAAUGGGGAGUCACCGCCAACAAGCAGUUCGCCGUCGCCCAGUCAUCAACAGGUGAGCAGGGAGGAUAUCAAGUCUAGUAGUGCUGGCGCGCAUGAUGCAUCGACGACUUCGAGUGCAGGAGCUUCCUCAACUUCAAGUGCUGCCACCUCGACUACUUCUCCAAAAGUCACCGUGGCUAGCACCUCUUCUUCAAGCUCCUCUGCAACGAAAAGUCCCGAUGUUGCACCUGUACGUCCAAUUUUGACAUCAGAUUUGUCAAGAGCCACUACUACUUCUUCUAGCGACCAAGCACCCCUCCCUCCAACAAUAACGCAGAGUCAGAAGUCAUCCCCCACUGCGCGACCAAUGAGGACGAACUCAGCAAGGGCAGCUACCAUGCGGUUACAAGCUGCAGGAGGACUAGGCUUGGGCGGUUUGUACGACUUUUUGCCGCCGCCAGAUCCGGAGAGAGACCGUCAAGCGGGAGAAUGGAUGAAAGAAAAGAAUAGUUACUCAACAGGAGAAAUAAAGCGAACGGAUCAACCGUCGAAGGUAAAAAUUUGAUUGGAUUAUACCUUUGUUGUAGGAUGUCCGUCUAACAAUAAUAGAUUGACGUGAUGAAGUGUACCGCUUUUCAACAAGAAAUAGGAUUUUUCAUAUCCUUUUAGACUACCUUUUCACGAAACCACUAGGUCAUUUUCCUCGACGUCGAUGGUGUGCUUCGACCUGUGUCGAGGACCUAUGCCGUGAACUGCGUUAGCGUCGAUGUAGGUGGCGGACAAAACGUACAACUGCCUUUGUCGGGAGAUUACGAUUUCAAAAGUGGAGCUCUGAGCGCUUUGAGGCAUAUUCGGGAGCAAACUGGCGCAGUCCUUGUCAUGAGCAGCGAAUGGUCCUCGUUUCUUUUCAUGAUGUUGAUGAUACAGAGUUCGAGAAAAUCUUAUACGUACUGUACAUAGAUUCAAUAGACAAUGCAGCUAACUCGCAAGGGUCGUGAGUCAAUAUGAUCAUGUCUUUGUAAGCUAGUGCUAUAUCGUAAACAUUAGUUCAAAAAAUUCGGAGUAGCAGGGAUCAUGUACUAGCAGGAGAUGUGUUACUACUACUUCAUAUCUUCCACAACUCCGACAUUCACUAGCUUUACCUCUUGAAACACAGGCGUCGACACAGCACCUUGAAAGAUACGAUUGAGAAAGUGUUAAGACUGCAGAAGAUAUCGCCCAAUGGUCUAGCAGGUGCUACGACUACAGAUAUAGAACGCGCGUUAGGAACGGGAAACCCAGUGGGUAGUUUCGCAGACCGAAGAGCGCAGGAGAUAGGGAUGUAUCUGAAAGGUAUACGUGGAUGCACUUUGAAAUCCUUUUCAGUCUUCAAAUGAUAAUGAGCUUCAUGAUAUUCUUCCUCUCUUUCUUCACUGUGCUCAACUACCCACCUGCAACCUGAUAAUUGGAAAAUAUCGUGAUCGCUUUUAACACUUCAAGAAACUACUCUGGGCAACUACAAAAAACAGAACAUCCUCACGUCACGCACUGGGUCGCCCUCGACGACAUCGAUUUAACGGUGGCUGACGAUAUGCCGAGAGUACCCCAUAGGGCCAGAAUACGGGGAAACUUUAUCAGAACUGACGAUCAACGAUGUCUAACGCUGAAUGAUGCUCAAAAAGCCAUCGCUAUUCUAGAACGACUGGGAGUGGACGAUGAUUUUGAGGCAUCAUAAGACUGUCGACACCUGCUCUACUAGACCACACGACCAAGACAGUCACAGUUGUUGUAUAUUACACAUACAUUGACGAUAUCGAAGACUGGACCAUUCCAGUGUUGAAAUAGAUCAAUAUUCCUGGUGGCGCCCAACACGAACAAGAUAUGCAGAUGCACCAAACACGCCAAUGCUUAUACCUACAAGACAAAUUGUACUCUACCUGAAGAGAAACUCCCAAAUAUUAUAAACACGACAGAGAACAUGAACAACAAGGUGUCGUAUCAUCUGUUAGAAAAAGGGAUGCAAC